AUGGCAUUGCCGUUGACCAAGUUGACCCACAAGGACGCGCUAUUUGUUUGGACUUCUGAGUGCGAGGAAAGCUUUCAAGUGUUGAAGCAAAAGUUGACUGCCGUGCCUGUGUUGGUGUUACCCAAGCCAAAUGAACCAUUCGAGGUGUAUUGUGAUGCCUCACUAAAGGGUCUAGGGUGCGUGCUGAUGCAACACCAGAAUGUGGUGGCAUAUGCCUCACGGCAGUUGAGACUUCACGAAGUUAACUACCCAACGCAUGACCUGGAACUUGCUGCGAUUGUGUUUGCAUUAAAGGUGUGGAGACAUUAUCUCUAUGGAGUCAAGUUUCGAGUUUUCUCUAAUCAUAAGAGAAAAGAGAACGUUGUGGCAGAUGCGUUAAGUCGGAAAUCACUAUAUGCUUCUUGGAUGAUGCUUCGGGAGGAGGAAUUGCUUAAAGCAUUCGAGAACCUGAAGGUUGGAGUUCAAGAAGUGUCGGGAACUCUGUGUCUGAGUCGGUUACAAAUCUCAAGUGAUUUUAAGUCCAGACUCUUAAAGGCUCAUCAGAACGAUGAUGUGUUGUCGAAGGUAUUACCUGCUAUUAAGCAAGGGAAGAAAUGGAGAGUGUCAUGGGAUCCAGAUGGAUUGUGGAGAUUCAAGGGUAGGAUCAUUGUGCCGGAUUGGCCUGGUAUGAAGAAUGAUGUGGCAGAGUAUGUCUUGAAGUGCUUAACUUGUCAAAAGGUGAUUGUGGACCGACUAACAAAUUCGGCUCACUUUCUACCCAUUCGGAUGAACUAUACUCUUGAGGAGUUAGCACGUUUGUACAUAAAGGUGAUUGUGAGACUUCAUGGUGUGCCUACGACUAUAGUUUCUGACAGGGAUCCCCGUUUCACUUCGAGGUUCUGGGGUGCGUUUCAGAAAGCUUUUGGAGCCCGUUUGAGUUUAAGUACUACUUACCAUCCCCAAACAGAUGGAGUUAGAAUCCAGUUUGCUUAUGCCGCUUGUAGCUGUUUCUGCUCUCGAGAGAGCAAGCCGAGCCGGGUUCUGAAUGCCGGUGAUUUUGGGCAGAGCGAAAAGAGCUCAGUUGACACGCUUGGGUUAAGAGCGGCAUUGCAGUUUAAAGCAACUAAUCGUGAUGGACAACUGUAUGAGUUGGAUGUCGGCAAAUGUGAAGUUGAAAGGUUACGUUCAUUAACAAUACCACGAGAAAAAUACUUGUACACGAAGGUGUAG